CCAUUCCUCUAGGGUUCUUGUAUUCUUGGAACUGCUGCAAUCCGUGCCCUUUAAGGGCUUUGUUUGUUUCCAUGAAUUAACCAUUACGACCAAAAGCAGAAAAACAAGCUUCAGCUUCUGAUCUCUGUAUCCGACGCCGCGGGAUUCACCACGAUGAAGAAAAAAAGAGGAAGUCAUACCAGUGAGUCCAAUCCAAUUCUCGAUUUGAAGUCUAUUAUCCAUCAGCAUUCUCAAUUCUUCGACAAGUUAGUUGAGCUCAUCCCUGCUAGAUUCUAUCUACCCGUUGACGAUGAUGAAAAGCCAUGGUUUCAAGGUCUCAGCAAGACUGCAAAAGCUUCAGCAAAGAAGGAAUCAAAGGAAAACAUUAAGAAAGCUCGAAGAGAACGGUUGGAUCCAGAGAAGUCUUCUAAGACUACCCUUGAUUUGCUAAAGCAAAGUUUGGAAAAGAAGUCAAACGAUGAGAGUGAUAGUGAUGAAAUAGAGAUUAAGCCCGUGGUGCCUGGUCUGGAAGAUGAUGAAUGUUCAGCGGAAGAUGAUGAACUUUCAGUGACAUAUGAAGAACUCCAGCAACGGCUUCAUCGCAAACUUGAUGAGUUUCGGGCUGGUCGGCAUUCUGAAGGUUCAGAGAGAGCAAGGAAGAGGAUUGAGCGAAAGGAAAGAUAUGAGAAGAAAGGAGCUGACCAGAAGAAACGGAAGAGAGAGGUCGUAUCUGAUGGUAAGAAAUCUGCUAGUGAUGAUUCAGUGGCUAAAGUGGAGAAAGAUGUUGCAGAGGCUGCAAAGGAGCUGACAUUUGGUUAUGUCAAACUUGGGGACGAAGAUGAGCUUGGUAAGACAAAUAAGAAGAAAAAGUUGUCAAAGUUGCGGGAGCUUGAGAGGGCAAAACAGUUGCAAGAAGCCAAGAAAGAUCCAGAAAAAGGUGAGAUAAUCUCGAAGAAGCAUUCUUGGAAAGCUGCAACAAGUAGAGCUGCUGGGAUGAAGGUUCACGAUGAUCCAAAGUUGUUGAAACAAAGCAUUCAGAAGGAGAAGAAGCGGCAUCAGAAGAAUGCCGAGAAGUGGAAGGGAAGGGUUGAAACCACAGAGAAGAUGAAAGCAGAUAAACAGAAGAAGAGAUCAGAUAAUAUAUCACAGAAAAAGCAAGAGAAGAUAAACCGGAAAAUCGCAAAAAGAGAGAAAAAGCUCAUGCGGCCAGGGUUUGAAGGUCGCAAGGAAGGUUUCAUCACCGAAGGUUAAGCAUAGUAUGGCGUCGUUGUGUGCCUAUUUCGGAAAGAAUUAGUUUAAGCAUCAUGUCAAAGUUGAGGGGAAGUUGAUUUGAGGCGUUCUGUUCUUAACAGAGCCAGCCCUUUUCUUCUCCUCCAAGUUUUGAUUUCCUUCUAUUUGUCAUUUGGACUUUGAACUGGUUACUGCUUAAGAGCUGAUUUUUUAUAGAUGAAUGUGAUUCAAGGAAAAUUACUCUUA